AUGGAUCAAUUGCUGGCAGUGAAAAUCGGCUGCCUAGGUGGUUUACUGGUGGUCCCACUCCUUUGUGGCCUCAUCCCAACUCAGAUCAAAUGGUUCCAGAUCAACAUGGCCAGAGGAAAGCAUCGGCGAAUCCUCAGUUUCAUCGGCUGCUUUGCUGCCGGAGUGUUCCUUGGGGCCUGCAUCAUGCACAUGGUGGCCGAUGCACUGGGGGACAUCCAAGAGGAAAUAAAAAAGCGACAGCGACAGGGAAAGUUUCCAUACAAGCAGAAUGGCACCUUGGAAAAUGGCGACAAUUCUGAGGGCUAUCCAUUUGGGGAGCUCGUCAUCUCCUUGGGCUUCUUCCUGGUGUUUGUGAUCGAGAGUACAGUGCUCCAUUGCUGCCCGCAGGCUGUGCAUUCUCAUGGUGACCAGGAAAAUCAGGAUGACCACAAGGACCAGCCAGAAGCACACAACUCUUUCCGGGCAUUUGUGCUCUUCCUCUCACUGUCCUUCCACUCCAUCUUUGAGGGCCUCGCCAUUGGUGUCCAGAAGGAGAUGACGGCUGCAGUCCAGCUCUGCCUGGCAGUGCUCAUCCACAAAGCCAUUGUGGCCUUCAGCUUAGCAAUGAAGCUGGUGCAAAGUGGCACCCAAACCUUCUGGAGGGUGCUGUAUGUGGUCUUCUUUUCUCUGAUGUCUCCUGCUGGUAUUGGCGUGGGCAUCGGUGUCUCUUUUUCCAAUGGUGAUGGGAGCGGCCUGGCCCAGGCGGUGCUGGAAGGGGUGGCAGCAGGAACCUUCCUCUACGUCACCUUCUUGGAGAUCCUUCCAUAUGAACUACGCUCUCAUGAAAGCUCCCUCAGUAAGUUCUUCUUCAUCUUCCUAGGCUUCUCUAUCAUGGCCAUCAUUGCUAUCUGGGCCUGA